AUGUCGCAGAGGGUGGCCGGCCAGCGCUUUCGCCAGCGCAAAUUAUCGACAAAGCAGAACCUACCUGUCGUGCGCGAGCAUGAGGUGGAGCAGCUGGCCGAUGACGAUGCCUCGCGUCACAUCCCCAAAGUCGAAACGGGUGUCGAGAAGGGAGAAGAGAUUGAACACCACUUGCAGGCUGUCAUCUCUGCCGCCCAAGCAGCUGUCCACGGCUCUACUGGUGGAGAAAUCGCCCAACUAGUCAUCCCAACGCCAGAGGCUACGGCAAGUAAAGUGCAGUAUGAAGAACUCUAUCCCAAAAAGUUCACCCAGCCUGCAACCUACAUCCGCUUCUCCUCGACCGUAGAAGACACCUCCGGUUGUCCCUAUUGCAUGACCAGUGAUGAUGUCGCCUUUCUCAAGUCGUACAACCAGAAGCGACAAAAGGGUAACCAAUGCUCCGAAGACGAGUUCGAGGAGAUGAUCAACUUCUUCGAGGAGACGACGGCAACAAAACAGCCUUUUGCUGCCGUCGAUAAUUCGCCUGUCCUCCCCUACGAAGAAUUCGAAGCUGAGUUUGAUGAUACCAUUCGCGAAUCAGCGCGCCGAUUUGCAAAAGACAUCUAUGCCCACUGGAAGAAUCAGCGAUUACUCCAGGGCAAUCGGCCGCUCAUGCCAAUGCUGAAAUUUGAGACAAACCAGGAUACUGAUGAUGCUGACCCCUAUGUCUGCUUCCGACGUCGUGAAGUGCGACAAGUCCGCAAGACGCGUGGUCGCGAUGCCCAGGUGACCGAGAAGCUCAAGAAGCUCAGAGUCGAGCUCGAACAGGCUCGUGUCUUGGUGGCCCAAGUCAGAAAGCGUGAGAUGUUGAUUCGGGAGAGCCUUGCGAUUGACAAGAAGAUCUUCCAACAACGAGCAGAGGUCAAGGAGACAAAGCGAAGACUGAGUAUCAAGGGUGACGAUGACGACCUCCUCAUCACGCAGAAGGUACGUCUCCAUGACGAGUCAAGGAGGGCAGAGACCGCAACUGACACCUCACAGCCUGCUCCCAAGCCUAAGAGGCCCACGGAUCUUGAGAGAGUACGCCAGAAUAUCCCUGGCAUGAAGCCUCGGGACACUCGUUCGGAUGGUCGUCUUGUGGACAGCGAUCUCGUGUACUUGGAGGAGCAGCAAGCCAAGAAAACCGAAGCAAUCGACAGCUUCAUUGAAGACAACCUGGUCAAACACCAGAAAUGGAACGUUGGCUGGGUCGAUGCGACAUGGCGGCCCAUCACACCACCACUGGAACCCGCUGCGGCGAAGUCGGACUUCCGUACAGUCUUUACGGAGAGUCAGCUUCCCACGCCUCCAGCUUCUGUGUCUGAUGAAGGUGCUGAUGCCAUGGCAGUUGAGCCACUUAAGCAGCAGCCUGAUCAACGACGAGUUCCCAGAAUCCGGUUUGCGACGCCACCUGAUGACGUCCCUUUCCAAGACCAAAGUCGAUUCCGACGGCGAAUAGGUCGGGGUGGGCGAGUGAUGAUUGAUCGACGAGGCGUGAAGCGGCAGAAGACCGAUGGUCGGAUAGACGAUCGCCUUGCAGAUCGAUGGCGGUAUUCUGGCGAGAGUAGCGAGGACGAGCAAGUAUAUCCAGUUGACUGGACAGAUAAUCUCCACAUCAGGUACAGGAUCAUGAUAGAGCGGCAAGGCGAGAAGCCAAAUCAUCCGCAGCCACCGCCGGCCGGGCCUGCACGAAGAUCCAUUGAGAACCACAAUCGAUCGGCGUCAGGUCACCUGCUUCCCCCUACACCCACAACUGCAAGUGCUGCAAGCAGGUGA